AUGUUGUGCCUCCUAGCUGUGCUGUUACUAUACUCCAAGGCGGUCCUCAACGCUUCUGCUCUGCCGCACGGUAGGGAGCACAGGGUACUCAGGAUCAAGGGGGAGAAUGGAACCCUAGAAAGGACCAUUUACUUACCCAAGGUCUUCCAGGACGAUGACGAUAGGUUCGUCCUCAUAUCGGACUCUUCGCAGAACAAGUACAAAGUUAUGGAGGCGAAAAGGAAGAUAAAGAGGAGGCGGAAGAAGAAGCCCCUGAACCACCAUAUCGACAACAACAUCACGGACUACAAAGACCCUAAAUUCCUCAACCUCUUUACUAUCGUCAAAUUCGACAACGAAGACUGCGGUGAAGGAGGAGUCUGUUAUCACGAGUACGAAUGUAACGAACUGGGAGGGAUACCGCAAGGACCUUGCGCCAGGGGCUUUGGAGUCUGCUGUAUGCUGGAAGCUCAAUGCGGGGAAACUGUCAAAAAGGCGGUGAGUCUCUUCGUAGGGCAGAGCUCACAAGGCGCUUGCACUCUUGGAAUCCAGAAGAUGGAAUGCGCAAGGCAAAUUCGAUUGGAUUUCUUCUCUUUAGACUUGGAGGGGCCCGUAGAUGGAACUUGCAUGGUUGACCGACUUCUAAUUUCUGGUCAAAACUCCAAUGACAUAGUACCGAUUCUUUGUGGAAGUAAUUCGGGUCAACACAUGAACUUGGAUAUCGACGAGGCGGAGGGCCCUAUAAUGCUUUCCGUAAUUUCACCUUCAAAGAGAAACUUCAAGAUGAAGGUGACCCAGCUCUGCGACGGUGACCCCCUCUUGGCUCCGAAGGGCUGCUUGCAGUACUACACCGAGCCCUACGGCGAGAUCAAGUCCUUCAACUAUCAGGACCAGUCUUCAGAAUCCUCUUACUUGAACAACUUGAACUACGCAAUGUGUAUAAAGAAGAAUCCAGGAAUGUGUUCGGUGGAAUACAGUAACACCAGAGCUACAGGGGAGGAGUAUACAUUCGAUAUCAACAAUGUCGAUCUAGAUGGAGAACUGACAGUGCCGGAAGGAGAAGCUGGAGUUGAAGUGUUUAAUUGCCCGGAAGACUACCUCGCCAUCGCUGGCCUCAGGCUCUGUGGUCAGAAGUUCAAUGACGCAACUACCAACGCCGACUUUACUCAGAAUGCACCAGUAAUCGACAAAAGCAACGGACCUUUCAUGAUGUCUUUCGUAUCCAGUUCUACCAACAUAGGGAGAGGAUUUCAUUUGCAAUACCAACAGAAACCCUGUUUAUGA